AUGUUACGAAAUCAAAUUAAGUUUUAAGAGUCUUGUAAAACAAAUAUUGAUUCAAUAAAGAAUUCUAAGAGAGUAAUAAAACCACAUCAAUAUGAUUCAUGUAUCAACAACCCUCUCACUUAGUAGUUUUCUAAUGUUAAAUUGGCAUCUACUUUGAGUAUGGGUAGAUCUGUAUUCUAGAAACAAUUAUAACAAAUGAAAUAGCAAUAUAUAGUGAGAACUGGAUAUAUUAGGAUAGCUGAUCCAGAGAUAUUGAAAGAGUUAUUUGAAUUGAAUAUAGAAAAUCUAAAGAAGAAAUACUCGAAAUAUUCAGAUAUUAAUUAACUGAACAUUCCAAAAGAAAUGAUUAAAAUAUUCAUGAAAUUUGGAUAUAGAGAAAUUAAUAAGUUUAUGUAAAUGUCUAUUGUGCAUUUAUUGUUUGAAUAUAAAUCUUUAUUACAAUAUUAAGAUAAAUGGGAAAAAGAUGCUGUUAUUGCAUUAACAUCUAUUGCAUUCAUUAAAUAGGAUUGUUUAUAUCCUUAAGUCAUGAUUGUUUCACCAGAUGAUCAAAGUGCCAUAACUGUUAAAGUUAUGCUCGAUCAUUUAAAUAUCUAUUACAAUAAUGUUUAUUAAGUAUCAAAAAAGAAUUCUAUUGUUUAAGACCGUAAUCAAUUGAAAGAAGCAUAAAUUGUUAUAGGCACUCCAGAUCGUCUAUAUUAUGUAAUUCAUUAGAAGUAUUUAAAUCCCAUAUUUCUGGAGAGUGUUGUUUUUCAAGAAUUCAGUUAAACUACAGAUCUUGGUUUCCAAAAAGAAAUUGAAAAUAUUCUUAGAAUACUACCAAAAUCAACUUCUAAACAUUUUUUCUUUAGUCAAGUAUUCAAUAUAGAAGAACAUGACAUAUUAGAUAUAUGA